UUCAUGACAAUCUUUUGCAACAAUUUCUUAUCUAAUCAUCGUUCUUACUAUGAUGAUACAGUUCUCCUCCUACGUCAAUCUUUGAGCGGUAAUGUCACUCAAACUCAUCAUGAGAACUUGUUUUUGCUUUCUGGUGAGAGAUUUCAGAAUAGGGUCAAAUUAGACUGGCCAAAUAUAUUUCAAGAGCAAAAUCUAGCGAAUUCUUAUAUACAUAUUUUGGGUCAUGCUAGUAUUAAUGGAUUUCUUUGUGUCAACAACCUAUAUUCCACAAUUGGACUGUGGAACCCAACUACCGAAGAAUUGAAGAUCCUUCCUCCUAGCCCAAACAAGUUUAUACCAUCUAAUUUAGUUUAUUCAGCUGAUCCAUGUGGAUUUGGCUAUGACCGUGAUACGGAUGACUAUAAGGUGAUUAGUCAUGUAGAAUUUGUUCUAUUUAUUGAACAUGAAAACUGGAAUCAUGAAAAUGAACAUCGUGACCCUUUCUGGGAGAUAUAUAGCCUGAGAAGUAACUCUUGGAAGAAUCUUGAGGUCGAUGUCGAUGUACCCUGCAGUGAUAGGGUUGACUAUUUGUAUUUGGAUGGAAUGUGUCAUUGGCAAGGUGGUGGUUACUUGGUGUCGUUUGACUUAAGCAACGAGUCGGUGUGAAGGAAUCAUGGACUAAACUUUUCAUUGUUGAGCCCUUGCCUUACAUUCUACAUUCUAUCGGAGCUGGGAAGAAGGGGGAUAUUUUUUUCCGAAGUAAAGAUGAAGAACUAGUCAGGUAUGAUUUAAAUACUCACAUGAUUGAGGAGCUUGAUGUUAAAGGGAUCGAUAGAUCUUGUCAGAUUGUAAUUUAUAAGGAAAGUCAUCUUUCAAUCAACACAAUAAAUAAUUAAUU